CCCCCUGGACUUCUAUUUCAGUCACAAUGAAGUUCGUGAUCUUGGCUUUGUUUGUCGCUGGCGCCUACGGGUGCGGCCUGCCCACCUUCCUUCCCACCAUCACCAGGGUGGUUGGUGGAGUAGAUGUCCGUGAGGGCAGCUGGCCCUGGCAGGUGUCUCUGCAGUACCAGAGUGGAAGCAGCUUCUACCACACGUGCGGUGGCACCCUGAUCUCCAACCAGUGGGUCCUCACUGCUGCUCACUGCAUCGGCAGUCGCACCUACAGAGUCUACCUGGGAAAACACAGUAUGGAGUCCCCCAAUGAGCCUGGAUCCAUCGCUAUCAGCCCCUCCAAGAUCGUCGUCCAUGAGAACUGGGACUCUUACAGAAUCCGUAACGACAUCGCCCUUAUCAAGCUGUCAACUCCUGUCACUUUCUCUGACUCCAUCAUGGCUGCCUGUCUUCCCAACUCUGGUGACAUUCUGCCUAACAAAGCUCCCUGCUACGUCACCGGCUGGGGUCGUCUCUGGACUGGAGGUCCUAUUGCCGACAUCCUGCAGCAGGCCCUCCUCCCUGUGGUCGACCACUCCACCUGCACCAGGUAUGACUGGUGGGGCAGUCUGGUCACCAGCAGCAUGGUCUGUGCUGGAGGAGACGGAGAGCUGGCUAGCUGCAACGGAGACUCUGGCGGUCCCCUGAACUGUCAGAACCCUGAUGGCUCGUGGGACGUCCACGGCGUGGUGAGCUUCGGCUCCAGCAUGGGCUGCAACUACCCCAGGAAGCCCUCCGUCUUCACUCGGGUCAGCGCCUAUAUCUCCUGGAUCAACAACGUGAUGGCCGAGAACUAAGAUAUUGUUGGUUUGUGUAAUUGUUGUUGCACUUCAUUAAAUAAAAGAUGCAGUGUCUUCUGUGAUCUCUUAAUCA